AUGCCUGUGAUGAUUUGUUUUCUGUCUGCUUACUUAGUCUCUACUCUAUUUGAGCAGUUUACAAAUGGUACUGGAUUUAGAGUUACAGUUCCAUAUCUAGAGAGCUACUGCCCAAGCUUGGGUCCUGUCUUUGCUCUGUUUGUACCAUUUUAUUCCUCCAUUCCAAGAGUGCAAGUGACACAAGUAUUGGGCCACUUUUCUAUCACAAACAAGACACUGGUCUAUAUACUGGGUUUACAGCUCUUAACCUCUGGUUCCUACAUCUGGAUUUUAGCCUUAAGUGGAUUGGUUUCUGGGAUUUGCUACAAUAGCAGUAUAUUAAAAGUUCAUCGAAUUCUUUGUGUACCCAGCUGGGUAGCAAAGAUAUUUUCUUGGACUCUUGAACCAAUCUUCUCAUCUGCGGAACCAACGAACGAAGUUCGAGUGGGAAUGGGAGCAACAGUUGACAUCCAGAGGCAGCAGAGAAUGGAGUUACUGGAUCGUCAAAUCAUGAUGUCUCAGGUUGCCCAAAUGAGACGGCAAAGGCAGCAGCAG